ACUAGUACGGUUAAAAAUCUCUUGUCCCGAGGCUCGGCGCGCCGUUUCUUGAUCUACUUUCCCUGUCCUGAUUUCCCCAAGAGCCGCAAUUCCCAGGACAUUCGGCCACUUUUUGCGUGGAGCGAGAUCAAACAUCGCGCCAGGCGCCUAUCCACAGGCUAUUGAAACAAAGAAGACCUCGGCAGCAGUCGAACAAUGUCCGCAAUACACGACUUCGGGACCGGGUCCCAUGCGGCCGCCACCGACACGGCGACCGCGACCUCAACCAGCUCCGGCCAAGACUCGCCGCCACUCCGCCCGCUCAAGGAGGUCGAGUCCCGGCACAGCCACCACAGCCGGAGCCGGGCCUCGUCCCACUCGUCCACCGACACCGACCCCCUCGAGCCACUCGAGCACGCCCUGACGCCCGACCUCGAGACCGAGGCGGAGCACGUCGCCCGGGAGCCCAUCACGUACACGCGCACCGGCACGAGUAUCGGCAGCACCGCGUCACGGCCGCCGGACUACGAGGUCGUCUUUGAGCCCGACGACCCCGAGAACCCAAAGAAUUGGCCCCUCUGGUACCGCGGUUGGACCAUCUUCGUCGUCUCGCUCUCUACCUGGAUCGUCGUGCUGUACAGCACGAGUUACACGGCGUCUAUCCCCGGCCUUGUUGAGGAGUAUCACUCGACCAGGGUUAUUGCGACGCUUGGUGUUACCACUUACCUUCUCGGCUUGGCUGCCGGCAGUCUGAUUGUUGCCCCGAUGAGCGAGUUGUACGGCCGGCAAUAUGUCUAUCUCGGAUGCUUCACCGUCUCAUCUCUGCUGAUCAUUCCCUGCGCUCUUGCAAAGUCCCUGACGACGCUGAUCGUCGUUCGCUUCUUCGGCGCAUUGUUCGGAGCUGCCUUGAUCGCCAACAGCCCAGGAACCGUGGUGGACAUCUCAGAUGAGGAGUAUCGUGCCCUCGCCAUGUCCUUCUAUUCCAUUGCCCCCUUGAACGGACCAGUCACCGGCCCGAUCAUCGGUGGCUUUGUGUACCAGUAUCUAGGCUGGCGUUGGACCAACUGGAUCGUCCUCAUCAUCGCCGGCGUGGGCAUUGCGCUCAUGUUCACCCUGCGUGAGACCUACGCACCCACCAUUCUCCAACGGAAGGCCGCUCGCAUCCGCAAAGAGACGGAUGACCCGCGCUGGUGGUGCCGCUACGACGAGAAGGUUUCCAAGGUCCACCUCAUCAAGCUGAAUCUUAGCCGCCCCUUUGUUCUCAGUUUCACAGAGCCCAUUCUGUGGUUCUUCAACCUCUGGAUAUCACUCAUCUACGGCAUCCUCUACCUCUGCUUCGUCGCCUACCCCAUCGUCUUCUCCCAAUACCGCGGCUGGGGCCCAGGCGUCUCGGGCCUCGCCUUCGUCGGCAUCGGCAUCGGCACCAUCCUCGCCAUCAUCAGCGAGCCCAUCUUCCGCCGCAUCAUCAACGCCCACCCAAAGGACCCAAUCACCGGCCGCGUCCCGCCCGAAGCCACCGCCCGCGUAAUGACCAUCGGCGCCAUCCUCACCCCCAUCGGUCAGCUCGUCUUCUCCUGGACCUGUCUCCCCGCCACGAUCCACUGGGCCAUCCCCAUCGCCUUCGGCAUCCCCUUUGGUGCGGGCAACACAAUCUCCUUUAUCUACGGGUCCAACUACCUCGCCGGCGCGUACGGCAUCUACGCCGCCUCCGCGCUGGCCGGCAACGCCGUCAUGCGGAGCAUGUUUGGCGGCACGCUGCCGCUCGCGGGCACGUCCAUGUAUAAGGCCAUGUCGCCGCAGUGGGCGGGGACGCUCUGUGGUCUGCUCGAGCUCGCGCUCAUUCCGAUUCCCAUCAUCUUUUGGCGGUACGGCGAGAAGAUUCGCGCAAAGAGCCCGAUUAUUCGGCAGAUGAGGGAGGACCAGGAAAAGAAUGAGAGUAAGCGGGCUAAGCAGCUCGCGCGGCUGGAGAGGAAGAGGGAGAGGGAGGCUGCUGCUGCUGCGGCUGCGGCUGCUGCGGCUACGGGUGGUAACAGCGAGAAGUCGACGGGCGUGUUGGCGAGCGCGGAGCAGACUGAGCCUCGAGAUAUCGAGAAGAGUGCUUGAGAGAGUUCACCAUCCUCUUGCAAAGCCAUGGGGGAGGAGAAAGUGUUUGAUAUAUGGUGUGUCCGUCACGACACGAAUUAGAAGAGGACUGUAUACCCCCUUAGCCCUCCGAAAAGAUCUAAUGUAGCAUAUACGGCGUUUGGAAUGUCGCAUCAGGAGACACAUGGGCCAUUGAGCCUUUCCCUAUAGUAGUUGCUGGGAAGUGAAGGUUAUUAUAGCUACAUCCAUAGGAUCGCCUUAAAAGUAAUACUUGGUUUUUGUUAGAAAAUCGUUUCCCACGGUCCCAGGUCUCUAGCCAGUUCCUUUAGCCUCUCCUUGACGCCGUCACCCGUUCCCUUGGUACCCUCCUCUCCCGGUCCCGUGGCGUAUCGCAAGCAGCCUAUAUCUCGAUAUCCUCCUUUGCCACCAUUGGCUUUAUCGC